UCAGUGUUCAGUGGAGUGAAGCAACAAGUGGUGUUUUUGCUUAAAAGUGAAGAAAGAUUUUUUGAUAAUUUCUAGUUGAUUUAAAAAAAUAAAUCAAAUUAAGUGAUUCUAAAAUGGCCCGGUAUUUCAAAGAGCAAGACAUCGAUGAGUUCCGCGAGUGUUUCUACUUGUUUGCCCGCAGUGGGCACAUCACUACUCUGGAUGAGUUGACGGUCAUCAUGCGAUCGCUCGGGCUGUCUCCUACGAUCCAGGAGUUGACCUCAUACCUGAAGAAAAAGAAUGGCCGCAUGAGUUUCGCCGACUUCCUCGAGGUGAUGUACCAACACUCGCGAGUAGAGAACCUACCGGAGGAGGUCAUCGAAGCAUUCCGAGCCGGCGACAAGAGCGGUCGGGGUACGAUUCCGGCUCGACAACUGCGUCACCUGCUGCAAAACUGGGGAGAAGGACUGUCCUACAGAGAGGUAGACAAUAUUUUUCGAGAGGCUAACGUUAACAGCAACGGACACGUCCGUUAUGCCGAUUUCGUACGCGUGGCCUGUGCUCCCGUGCCGGACUACUACUAGGGACGGGCAAAGCCUGCCCUGGUUAACGUUCCUUCCGUACUUGAUUUUUAAUUACAACAGACCGCACACUUCAAGCGUCAGAAACAGUCGCAGCAGGUAUCGAAUUGCAGAUUUCAUAUUGUCAUCCUUUUCUUUGCGCAAAAGAAUUAGAACUUUUAGUUUUCAAACUUUCAAUAAUUGUUGUUUGAAGUGGAUGGUCUCAGCUACGUUUUACUAUUUAUCUUAUAUUCUGUUUUUCGAUAAUUUAUACGUUCAGUAUUUGAUAGUUUUUAAUUGAACACAAUAAAUUGAUAACAAAAUGGAGUUGUCAUCGAAAGUGAAACACCAUUGCAACGUAACA